AUGGGAGACAGAGUGAUGGUAAGCCUCCUGGCUCUUGUGCUUGUGCUUUCCUAUGGAGUUAUGGCAAUGGCUAUGAGCUUUAAUCAUGAAGAUGAAGAAUGGGGAAAGGAUCAGAGAGAAGAAGAGUGGGAAGAGCAUCAUCAUCAUCAUCAUCACAGAGGGCAUCACCAUUAUUUCCUUCUGCAACGAUCAAGGGUCCUGGUGAAAACUGAAGCUGGGGAAAUGAGGGUGGUGAGAAGUGUAGGUCAUGAAAUAGUUGAUAGGCAUAUAAAUGUUGGGUUUCUCACUUUGGAACCUAACUCCCUCUUCAUCCCUCAGUACCUGGACUCCAGCUUGAUCCUCUUUGUCCAAAGAGGGCAAGGAAACCUGGGACUGGUACACCAUCAUGAACUGGGAGAGAGACAAUUGAAGGCUGGGGAUGUGCACAGGAUCCCAGCAGGUUCCACAUUCUACUUGCAUAAUGCUAGGGAGCACCAGAGACUUCAGAUCAUUCUCAGCGUUGACACAUCUGACAGUUUGAGAAUGGGUACUUUGGAGAAUUUCUUCAUUGGUGGAGGAACCAACCCGAAAUCUGUACUUUCUGGGUUUGAUUCGGAAAUACUCACAAAUGCAUUUAAUGUCUCAUCUUCAGAAUUAAGGCAGGUUUUGACAAGGCACCAAGAGGGUGCAAUUGUACAUCUAAAGAAUUCUCAAUCAUCAUCAUCAAACCUUUGGAGUAAGUUCGUAAGCAUGAAAGAGCAGGACAGACUACAAGAGUUGAAGAAAUUGGUGGACCUCUCAGAAGAACCGGAGAAAACCCUAACUCGGUCAUGGAGGAAACUGUUGAACUCCGUGUUUGGAAAACCUGAAAACGAGAAGAGAAAGCAGCAUCAUCAUGACCACUCACAGGAAUCCCACAACCUCUACAAUAGAAAGCCAGAUUUCAAGAACCACCAUGGAUGGAUCCUCUCAGUUGAUGAGUCUAAUUUCUCUCCCCUACAAAACUCUGGCGUCGGCGUUCACCUUAUUAGACUCAAUGCAGGGUCAAUGUUGGCACCACAUGUGAACCCAGCAGCAACCGAAUACGGCGUCGUUACAAGAGGCUCAGGACAUCUCCAGAUUGUGUUUCCAAAUGGAACUUUGGCAAUGAAGGCAGACCUAAAGCCAGGGAGUGUGUUUUGGGUGCCGAGGUACUUCCCAUUUGUCCAAGUAGCUUCUAACAACGAGCAACUUGAGAUUUUUGGGUUCACUACCUCGCCGCAGCCGAACCAUCCACAGUUCUUGGCUGGUUCUAGCUCGGUGCUGCAGGCUCUAAGAGGUCAAGAACUUGCAGCUGCUUUUGGUGUGAGUGAGGGAAGGUUGAAUCGCUUUGUCGAUGCUCAACGUGAAGCUGUCAUUUUGCCCUACAAUGCAGAGAGGCAUUAA